GGUUGGAAUUAGGUGAUCUUUAAGUAAGGUCCCUUCCGAGCCAAGCCGUGCUAUGAUUCUAUGACCGGAGCAACCGUUCUGUGGAGCUCGUUUGCCAGCCGUGCAGGGCCCGGAUUCCCUCCGCGGAGCCGCCCAGCCCGUUUUCGGGCGCCCGCUUCCUCCCUCCCGGUCGGAUCCCUCCGCGCCCCGAGGGCACGCGACCUCCCUGAGCGCCGAUAAGCACCGGGUCGACGGGAGCGGAGCCGCCGAGAGGGCGGGGACAAGGGAAGAGGGCAGGCGAGGCCGCCAAUCGAGGCGCGGGAGCGGUCGGCGGCGAUCUGUCGGCCCAAUGAGCGCCGCGGAGGGCCGGGCCGAGUGCGGGAAGUGAGGGGGCGUUGUACCGAGCGGGCGCCGUCAUGGCCGACGGGAUUGUUAGGGCGCAGGCCGCCUGGCCCGGUGGCGGCGCUGCCGCUGCAGCCGCUUUCGGAGAGGUCGCCUGCAAGGGCAAGGAGGUCCCCGCCAACGUUCUCCGUGAGGAUGAGCGGUCGUGGACGAGGAGUGCCUUGCGUUCCGUGACAGUUCGCCUCAGGCUCCGGUGUUUCUUCCUAGUCCUUCCUGAGAAGGCAGUUGUCCGGUUAUGUGAAGCAGAAGAUUCUGGCGGACCCCUUCUUGGGCGUUUAAUGGUUGUUGGCAAGAAGUGUGCUGCUAACCUGGACCUGACCAAUGGAUUCCGGAUGGCUGUGAAUGCCCACCCUCGGGCCCUUCAGGCUAUCGCGUACAUCUACGUAUUCUGGGUGGCGGUCAGUUGGGCCGGCCUCCCGGCUAAGGUUUUUGCACCGCAGGCGUCACUGCACGCGUACGGGUCGCCGCCGAGUAGGUUUCGUAUGUUGCCCAUCAAUCUAGCCCCUGUUGAUGUAUGAUUUUUUUUUUUUUUUCUGGACGGCUGUGUAUGGAGGGUAAUAAAGAGCUUUGAGCAGCAUUUGCACAAUAAAGAUGGAGCAUGGGGAUAUGA